GAGGCGCUGGGCAGGGAAGGAGGGAGAAGUCCGGCGGCGGCGGCGGCGGCGGCGGCGGGCGCGGGAUGGGCCGCGGCUGAGGAAUGUAAAAGGAUAAAAGAAUGGAUCCAUCACCAAGGGCCAGAUCAAUUGUUGUUCAUGUGGAGGGAAUGACAUGCAGUUCUUGCGUGCAGACAAUUGAGCAGCAUAUUGGGAAGCUAAAUGGAAUUCAUGUCAUUAAAGUUUCUUUGGACGAGAAGAGCGCCACCAUUGUUUACGACCCCAAAGAGCAAAUCCCGGAGUUGCUCCAGGAAGCCAUCGAAGACAUGGGGUUUGAUACGGUUCUUGGCGACACCAAACCACAGUCCGUUCCACAUGACACCACUUUUCUUACAAUUCCCACCCAGGCAACUCCAACCUGUGAACAGAUUCGUACCGACCUCCUAAAAGUCAAAGGCAUUCUGGACGUGAAAAUCUCUUCUGACAAAACAACUCUAGUUGUAACCUUUAUCUCCUCUAUUCUAACUAGCAAACAGGUUAAUGAAAUAGUACCAGGAUUAAAUUUGGACAAUGCAUUACAAGAUAAAAAUCAAGGAACAUGUGAAGAUGUAAGUUUAAACCAAAUAAAUGACGUGGUGCUAAGACUGAAAAUAGAGGGGAUGACCUGCCAUUCCUGUACGAGCACCAUUGAAGGAAAAAUUGGCAAAUUGCAAGGGAUCAAGCGGAUUAAAGUUUCCCUGGAUAACCAGGAAGCCAUGGUCACUUACCAGCCUCACCUCAUCACAUCAGAAGAAAUAAGGAAGCAAAUAGAAGCAGCGGGAUUCAUCGCCUCCGAAAAGAAAAUGCCGAAACCGCUGCAGCUGGGCUCCAUUGACAUCGAGCGGCUGAAGAGCAGCCACACCGGGCGCUCGGAAGGGCCCCCGCCAGAGAGUCUGGGAGGCAAGCCAGAGGGGAAGACCGUCGCCUUCCACGUGGAUGGCAUGCACUGCAACUCGUGUGUCUUCAACAUCCAGAGCAGCCUCUUGGCGCUGCCUUCGGUGAGCAGCAUCACGGUGUCGUUGCAAGAGAAGUCGGCUGUCAUCCAGUAUAACCCCAGCCUCAUCAGCCUCGGGGCGCUCAGGAGAGCGAUUGAGGCCGUCUCCCCGGGGACUUUCAAGGCCUGCGUUUUGGACGCGCAUGAAAAGGCCGAGCGCCUGAGCAACUCCAGAUCUCCCCCGAAGCCGCCUCUCCCCGUAGCUGUCCACAGCAUCGGGCCCCAUCCCCUCACGCUGGUGACCGUCAUCCGCAUCGAAGGGAUGACUUGCCACUCGUGCGUGCAGUCGAUCGAGGGGCUCAUUUCACAGAAACCGGGCGUGAAGUCGGUCUGUGUGUCGUUGCGGGACCGUAAUGGGACUAUUGAAUAUGACCCAACUCUGACCUCUCCGGCCGAUUUAAAGGACUCAAUUGAAGACAUGGGCUUUGACGCAGCCGUAGCUGUGCCGCCAAGCCCAGAGCCCAUAGUGCUAAUCAGGGAGCCUUCCCAGGAGAGGCUGGCUAAAACUCAAGAGAGCAAGCUGCCCAAAACAGUCGCUCACCCCAGCCUGUCGCCGGUUCCGAACAGACCAGGUUUGAAGACGCCGUCCAAAUGCUACAUUCAGAUCACUGGUAUGACCUGCGCUUCCUGUGUGGCCAACAUUGAGAGGAACCUGAAGAGAGAAGAUGGAAUAUGCUCUGUGCUUGUUGCCCUGAUGGCUGGGAAGGCUGAAGUGAGAUACGACCCUUCCGUCAUCCAGCCCCCGACGGUAGCCGAGAGGAUUAGAGAGCUGGGGUUUGGUGCUCUGGUGCUGGAGGAUUACGAUGAAGGCAACGGCAUCUUGGAGCUGGUUGUCAGAGGGAUGACUUGUGCCUCGUGUGUUCAUAAAAUAGAAUCUACCCUUAUGAAAACAAAAGGGGUUUUGUAUAGCUCAGUGGCCCUGGCAACCAACAAAGCCCACGUUAAGUACGACCCGGAGAUCAUUGGCCCUCGGGAUAUUAUACAGAUUAUACAGAAUCUAGGAUUUAAUGCUACAUUGGUAAAGAAAGACCGAUCUGCUAGCCACUUAGACCACAAGCAGGAAAUAAGACAGUGGAAACAGUCCUUCCUCGUGAGCCUCAUUUUCUGCAUCCCUGUAAUGGGGCUCAUGAUCUACAUGAUGGUGAUGGAGAGUCACAUGUCGGCCAUGCAGGAGGCUUCUAACUGGACUCUAGAAGAAAUAGAAAUAGAAGUUCACCACCCAUCCAUGUUUCUGGAGCAGCAGAUUCUUCCCGGACUGUCUGUGAUGAAUUUGCUCUCCUUUUUAUUGUGUGUUCCUGUUCAGUUCUUCGGAGGCUGGCACUUCUACAUUCAAGCCUACAAAGCCCUGAAGCACAAAGCAGCCAAUAUGGACGUGCUGAUUGUCCUGGCCACGACCAUCGCCUUUGUCUACUCCUUUGUGGUUCUUCUGGUUGCAAUGGCUGAGCAGGCAGUGGCCAAUCCGGUGACUUUCUUUGACACACCGCCGAUGCUCUUUGUGUUCAUCUCGUUGGGCCGCUGGUUGGAGCACGUGGCCAAGGGGAAAACAUCAGAGGCCCUUGCGAAGCUAAUUUCACUACAAGCAACAGAAGCAACCAUUGUUACUUUAGGUCCAGAUAAUAUUCUCAUGAGCGAAGAACAAGUGGAUGUCGAACUAGUUCAGCGGGGUGACGUUGUGAAGGUGGUCCCAGGCGGCAAGUUCCCCGUGGAUGGCCGAGUGAUUGAAGGACACUCGAUGGUAGACGAAUCGCUCAUCACAGGUGAAGCAAUGCCCGUGACCAAAAAACCUGGAAGUUCAGUCAUAGCUGGUUCAAUAAAUCAGAAUGGAUCCCUGUUGAUCUCAGCAACCCAUGUUGGGUCUGACACUACCCUCUGCCAGAUCGUAAAGCUUGUGGAAGAAGCUCAGACAUCAAAGGCACCAAUUCAGCAGUUUGCUGACAAACUGAGUGGCUAUUUUGUUCCUUUCAUUGUUGGUGUUUCUGUGAUUACACUUCUUGCUUGGAUUGUGAUUGGCUUUGUCAAUUUUGAAGUGGUGGAAACCUAUUUUCUUGGCUACAAUAAGAGCAUUUCCAACGCAGAGGUCGUGAUCCGCUUUGCUUUUCAAGCCUCCAUCACCGUGCUGUGUAUCGCCUGCCCUUGUUCCUUGGGGCUGGCAACUCCAACGGCUGUGAUGGUGGGAACUGGCGUAGGAGCACAGAAUGGCAUCUUGAUCAAAGGCGGAGAACCACUGGAGAUGGCGCACAAGGUUAAAGUUGUGAUGUUUGAUAAAACAGGAACCAUCACCCAUGGAACUCCCAUGGUGGUGCAGAUGAAGAUGCUAGUGGAGAGCAACCGGAUUCCCCGUAAGAAAGUCUUGGCGCUGGUGGGGACAGCGGAGAGCCACAGUGAGCACCCUUUAGGAGCAGCAAUCACCAAGUACUGCAAACAGGAAUUGGACUCAGAUACCCUUGGGGCAUGCACGGAUUUCCAGGUGGUGCCCGGCUGUGGUAUUAGCUGUAAAGUUACCAAUAUUGAAGCCUUACUCCGUAGCAAGAGUGAAACUGUGGAAGAGACCAAUGUCAGGAACGCUGCUCUCCUGAGCAUGGAUGAGAAGGCUGACCCACUCAUGCAGCCAGCUUUGAUCAUCAAUGAGCAGGUGCCAGGUGAGUGCACGUGGGACAGGAAGAUGCCUAGGGAGCUGUGUGGCCUGGUCGCCAUUGCUGACACCGUGAAGCCCGAAGCGGAUCUUGCUGUGCGGACCCUGCAGGGGAUGGGCUUGGAGGUGGUUCUGAUAACAGGGGACAAUGGCAAGACAGCCAGGUCCAUCGCUGCUCAGGUUGGCAUCACCAAAGUAUUUGCUGAAGUGCUCCCCUCCCACAAAGUGGCCAAAGUGAGGCAGCUGCAGGAAGAAGGGAAACGGGUGGCCAUGGUGGGCGAUGGCAUCAAUGAUUCCCCAGCCCUGGCCAUGGCUAAUGUGGGCAUUGCCAUCGGCACAGGCACAGACGUGGCUAUCGAAGCGGCGGACAUGGUUUUGAUCAGGAAUGAUUUGCUGGAUGUGGUGGCAAGCAUAGAUUUAUCACGGAAAACGGUUAAAAGGAUACGGAUCAACUUUGUCUUUGCUCUCAUAUACAAUCUUAUUGGUAUUCCGGUCGCUGCAGGCGUCUUCCUGCCGAUUGGCUUGGUCCUGCAGCCUUGGAUGGGCUCUGCAGCGAUGGCGGCCUCCUCUGUGUCCGUUGUGUUGUCUUCUCUGCUGCUAAAACUUUACAAGAAGCCCACCUGUGAGAAGUACGAGCGCCACGCCCGCACCCAGCCGAGGUGCAAGAGCUCUUCAGAAAUCAGUGUCCACAUUGGGAUUGACGAGGUUGGACCCGGGUCUCCGAAACUGAGCCUCAUGGACCGAAUUAUCCACUACAGCCAGGCCUCUAUCGGCUCCCUCUUCUCCGACAAGCACUCCCUCAGCAACAUUGCCCUGAGCGAGCCCGACAAGCAUUCACUCCUGGUUGGCCAUUCCCAAGAGGAAGACGACACGACCGUCUGAAGAGGUGGAAGAGGGCCAAGAGGUCGGCUCUUUGGGCAUCUCUUGCGCUGAAGGGGGGCUCUCUGGGGGUCUUUCCACCCCGGGGAGAUCAGGGUGUUCUACACUACUUUGCCCCUCUUAGCAGCCAGCAUGGGGCAGAAGGUUCCAAAAUGGAGCAGAAACCAGAGCUACAACAUUGGGUUGAUUUUUUGGGGAAGAAGCCAAGAUAAGGGCAUCUUCUGGUUGCUCCCAGCCCAUCGUUUCUAGGUCUCGAUGUUCUUUUCCUAUUUGCCAAAGAAGCGUGCCUUACUUCUACACCGAAGCGGAGGCCUUCUCAGGAAAGGUCUCGUCUGGAACUGGGCAAGAGAAGAAGCAGAGCAGUCCCCCUUCUGGAUCCCUUGCCUCUUGGCCCACUAGGGACUGGGCCCUCCUCCUCCUCCUCCUGAGGCUGUGGGAAGCCAGCCCGGCCCUGAUGCCUCCUGGGCCUCAGCAUCUCGUCUGUCCCUCCCUCCCCUGCCUCCUUUGUGGCUUGCGAGGAGGAACGCAGGGACCGACUCAGCUUGCCCUUCUCUCGCCUGAUUUGCAGGAACCAAAGCUGUGCCACUCCUUCCCACUCUUGUCCGGUUUCUCCCCUUCUCGUUUUGUGUGGGAGUCCAGCAAAAUCCGCUCUUCCUUUUCCCUCUGAUCAUCGUCCAGACCCCUAAAGAACUGACGUUGCCAGUUGCCUCCCUGUUGUUCCCAGCCUUUCUCGGGGGUUUCCAUCAUGCUAAGACUGAGGUGUCAGGUUUGCAUAGCUGGGGGGAUUCCGAGGCAGGGGCCUCUUGCACCGUCCUCCCUACCAGAUUGGUCUUUCUCCAGUACUAACUUCAAAAGACAAGAUUUGGCUUGAUUAUGAAGAGCUGUUUGGAGAACGAAAUUGGCCUUGCACACACCUUGAUGCUUUCGUAAUUUUGAAUUGGCAAGAAUUGCAAGAAUUAGCCCUGUAAGCUCAACAGUGUUUUUUAACCUGACGAUGGACUUGUCUUCAUUUAACACGGGGAGACACACCUAUCAGGAUCAAAGUUCAUGGG